UACCGUAUCUACUGUACCGACGCGCGGUACAGAACAGAACUUGCUGCCAACACUGGACGACGUCAGUGGUCGCGAAAGAUCUUUUUUGAGAAAGAUCAAAAUGGCUGCCAUCUGCUUUUUGCUUUCUCGGUUGCCUGGAUGCCCAACGUUCCGAUGGCUUGUCUUCUGGAGGCGAUGGGAUUGCUGUCAGAAUCGAAUCAAAUCAUAAAAUCUGUUACCCUCACGGCAAUAGCUCUAGCUAGACAUAAAAUAUCUGGGUAGCUCGGUAGCUACAGUUAGUCUUAUUGUGGUGGUGUAUCAAGAAGAAAAACGAAGAUGAAGAUUUGUGAUCAAGUCUGUUUGGGAUUGCUACUGGUCGGUGUGUGCCAAGCAUGGUGUCCCAGUCGUCCCGUGGCAUCCCUGCAGAGCCCUCUUAGUAUCAGGGCUUCUACUAGUGCUAGUAGUAGGCUGUACGCUGCUGCCAAUGACGACAAGAAAGAAGGAGCAGAAGAAGAAGAAUCCUUAUUGGAUCGCAUCAACAAUAUCGACAAGCUGGGAGACAACUUGUUGGAUUUGUCCAAAGUUGACAACAAGGCCGUGCAAGACAGUGGCGGCAGCAGAAAGCUGGGCAUUAACAUUGGGAGUCAGUUGCAACCAUUGAGUGACCAAGAAGCCGCCGAAUUAAAGGCCGCCGCCAUGGAGGUCAUUAACGACGGUGUAGCCGAAGGAAUUGACGAAAUUGAAAAACUGCGUGGUCAAAUGAGCGAUUUCAUGGAAAAGAAAAAGAAACAAAUGGAACUGGCAUCGGAACUGCAGUUGCAAAAGGAAUCCGACAAACUGCUGAAUAAAAUUGACAAAAUGACGGACGAUUUUCUCACCAAGACGGCAGCCACACGAGAGGAAACCAAACUGAUUAAUAAAGCCGACAAAUCACGAGAAGGCAAGGGCGUCGAAUUGGGCGUCUGGGGGACCAUUGGAGGAGCUGCCGUCGUCACCACGGGAAGCGACAAUGUCGGAUUGCUCGGAAGUGUCGAUGCCGCCAAAUUGGCCGCCGAAAAACAGGCCAAACAGGAACGGGAUGCCCAACUGUCCGAUCUCAAAACACCCAGCAAGCAAGAGCAAGCGGUGGCAGUCAACAGUAAUCGGGUCAUUGUCAUUGCCGAUACGUCGCAGGACCCACUGGCCAAACAACUCGUCCCGGCAUUUUCCGACAAACUCCAAGCCGCCAUUCCCACAUUGGAAGCCAUUGAUGUGUACAAACCCACCGAUACCAUUCCACUUGGAGGAGACAAUGCCGUUUGUGCCCUCCUCUUUUGUACGUCCCUGUCGGAUCGAUCCGCUCUCAACAAAAUCAUGGAUCGACUGUUGCGACGGACACUCCAACCUGGUGGGGCCCUAGGAUCACCACCCACACAAUUGAUUGGAAUCACAUCGUUGGGCACCGAACGAACCGAUAAAAUGCCCUACAGCAUGCAAAAUCUUUUUGGUGGCAAACUCGAUCAACGACGACAAAUCGAAGAACAACUCAUUACCACCGUACAAACACGAGUCACGGAACCACCGUUGGACUACACAAUCUGCAAAUUUGGAGACAUUAAAGACAGCAGCUCCAACGACGAUUUUAUCAUGAUGCCGGGAGAUGUCGUCGAUGGGACCACAUCACUCGAAACGGCCGCAGAAGUAUUGCUCCAAGCAGUGGCGUAUCAACCCUUUGCCCGCAAUGCCACGCUCUGUGCCGUGGGGGCAUUGCCGUCCGGCCAUAACGAUGAUAUUUGGGACGAUGCGUUUUUGCGCUUGGACGGCCCCGAACUCGAACGAUGGACGUCUCCGGCAUUGGGUACGGCCGCCGUCUACGAUCGAUUGUGCGAAUUCCUCAACGAAUGGGCCAACAACUUUGCCCUCAAUCCACGCGGCCUUACCACUCCCAUUCGAGUGGAACCGUCCAAAAUCAAGGCAUCGUACUACGACGCGGGGAUUCGACAACGAUCCGGUGUGCAACUAUUGUUCCUGCCCACGGCGACGGGAAAGAAUUAUUUGAGUCGAGAAGAAGAACGCGAACGAGAAUCGGAAGGAGGCAGUAAACGGGCUACUAUCUCGAGAAGUAAGAUGGCCAAGGAAGGAGGAAUCGAAGUCGUGGUGGAGAUUAUUGGAGAAGAUAGUCUCCGUGUGCGAGCCAAGCGAUGCAAUUAUGCAGAUGGUGUCCCGUUGAAGGAACUGAGUGAAGAGACAAUUGUGAAGAGGUUAGAGUCCGCGAUUGAAGUGUGGUGUCAAGAGGAUAAAUAGUUGGAAGCAGUACAUCGUACAUUGCAAGCAUAAUCGUUGCCACCGCAGUAUAGCCUGGGUGUUCUUCGCCUCCAUCGCCUUCUCUCCUUAUCUAGACCGACCAAUUCUUGAGCUUCGUCUUUUUGCUGGCCAAACCAUUCACUUCGAUCCACGGCACCGCUCCCGGUGUGGUCGAGCGCUUGAGAAGCCGCGUGAUUACGAGUUUGUGCACAACAACAGCGACGUGCUGAGCCCAGGUGCAUGGUUUUGAAGCAAAUGUUGCACUCCCCGAACCCCAAAUGAAGAUUAACAUAACCACAGUUUCAUACGAUUUUAGUUACAAAAACGAGUUGACUACUACAAAAAGACAAAAGACAAGCUGGCUAGUGGACAACAAUGGAAAAACGUUUAGAUUGCGGGUAUCUAUUCUUCUGGACAUCCAUUCUCUCUGGCCCACUGUAGCACUUCUGUCUGCCCACACUGUGUUGCUCCUUUGAUAGUCCUCGAGUCCCAAGGGCACCCAUUGGCACGCAACCAUUUCAAAAUGGUCAAAUUUCCACAACUAGCAACAACAUGACAUACACUGGCACUCCAUGGACAACCCUUUUCAUGAAGAAAUUCCAAGACUUCAAGAUGUUCGUUUGCUGCAGCAGUCCAAAAGGUGGUUCGAUCCCAUGGGCAGCCAUUCUCAAAGGCCCAUUUCAGGACAUCCAGAUGCCCAUUUGCAGCAGCGGUGGAGCAUGUGCGAGAAUCCCAUGGGCAGCCGUUCCGAUGAGCCCACUUCAGGAUGUCCAAAUGCCCACCACUUGCAGCCUCAUUGCAUGUAGCUUGGUCCCAUGGACAGCCAUUUUCUCGAGCCCAUAUCAAAACAUCCAAAUGCCCAAGAUUUGCAGCGUUUUGGCAAGUUCUAUUGUCCCAUGGGCAUCCAUUCUCUCUGGCCCACUUGAGCAUGUCAAGAUGCCCACCUUUAGCAGCACUGGCACAUAAGCCAGCAUUCCAUGGGCAGCCAUUCUGGUGAGCCCACUUCAGGAUAUGCAAAUGACCACCUUGCGCUGCAGAACGGCAAACAGAAGCAUUCCAUGGGCAACCAUUCUCAUGUGCCCACUUCAGCACGUUCAAGUGUCCAUGUUGAGCAGCAACUGAAUAUGUUACUUCAUCCCAUGGGCAUCCUUUCUCUCUAGCCCACUUGAGCAUGUCAAGAUGCCCACCUGCAGCAGCACUAGCACAUAUAUCAGGAUCCCAUUGGCAUCCUUGCUCAAGCAGCCAUUUCAGUACUUGCAAAUGUCCGAAUCGAGCAGCAGCAUGGCACGUUGCUGUGUUUAUCGAAUAUCCAUAUGUUUUAUGAGCAAAUUGAAGAACAGGAAGAUUCCCAACUUUGGCAAUGGCUCGACAAACCCAGAAUUGACGAGGGGUCUCAGACUUGUGACGGAGCCAGUAUUGAGCACAAGGCACACUGGAGAACACCGCACUGUAGAGGGUGUCUGUAGCUGUCGCUGACCGCUUUCCAUUCUCGCCCAUCACUUUUUGAGGCUUUUGCGCCUUGUCACAAUACUCUUUGUACAAAUGAUUCAUCCUUUUGUUGACGGCUCCCAGAAAGGCAUAGUGUCCCGUGCCCACAUAGGGUAGAAUUUGCCCGAUCCAAAUAUCGUUUCGAUCCAACAACAAAGAGCGAACAUCAGCCUGUUCUGUUGCGUCUGUACCACCAGGACAAUCUGUUGACGACAUCUUCUAUUGGAUAAGGAAUGAGAUCUUCUUCUGGAGUAGUGCAG